AACUCCAAGCAGAAUCAGAUUCCAAAACAUAGAUAUUAUAACAUUUUGUUUUGCAAUACAAAAUUAUAAAUACAUGUUGAUGUUGAUCCAAUCAUGAUCAUCAACAUUCAUAUUCUCAAAUCCCCACAAAGUCAUUUUCCUUUUCAUUUUGCCUUUUGGCUAUUAUCCAAAAUAGAUCCAAUCCUGGGUUCCGUUCAAUCCAACCCCAUCUCCGAAAAGUAUUGUUGUAUGAUCAUGAGAAUCAAUGUUGACUGCAAUGCUUGUUGCAGAAAAUUAAGGAGAAUCAUUCUGAGGAUGAAAGUUAUCGAAACCCAUUUGAUAGAGAAGCAGCAACGCAGAGUGUGUGUAUGUGGGAGAUUUGUACCAGCAGAUGUUGCAAUAAAGAUAAAGAAGAAAUUGAACCGUAGGGUUGAAAUCCUGGAAGUUCAAGAAUUUGAAGGUGAGGUGCAAGAUGAACCACCAUAAUAAACAAAAAAGAGAAACUUCACAUUCUCUUGGUGGUUAUAGUUCCCCUAAGCCAUAUUUUGUAUAUUAUAGGCUGCUAAUUGUCCCAACACAUCAUAAAUUCUUAGAAAGUUUGAAUGAGAUAUGUAUUACUGUUACCUGACUGAAAAAGGAAACCUUGUGUUUGUGAAAAAAAAAAUUUGU